UUGGUAUGAAUUCGUUAGGUAUAGUGAGUCGGAUUUUGAUUAAAAUAGAAAAUUGGCUCAUUUUAAUCGAAAUUGGAUAAUUUUAGUUCUUUUGGGGACUUCAUCCAAUCGAGGUACAGUAACGACGAGGGUAAAAAUAACUUUCUUUUAACAAUAACGAUAAAAUUAACUAAUAAAUAAAAAGUUAAAGGAUAUUUUUAGCUCUUUUUUCAAAUAUUUAAAAAAAAAAACAAUAUAAAUAACUUUCAACUCAUUCUAUCAAAUCGAUACAUUAACAUUAAUAUAAUUUGAUAUAAACACUCGAUAAACUCUCCAUCAUCACACAUGAAAAGUCAAAAAUCUUCAAUAGGAACUCAAUCAUCAAUCAAUUAUAAUAUAAUCCAACAAAGACAACAUUUCAAUAGCAAUCUUUCAUUCUCCUCUCUUCUUUCCACACCAUGGAAGGUGAAAAACCUCACAUAGUUCUCUUCCCUUUCAUGUCACAAAGUCAUAUAAUCCCUUUCUUAGCUUUAGCUUCAAAAUUUACCCAAAAAGGUUACCAAAUCACUUUCAUAAACACACCAUUAAACAUCAAGAAACUCAAAUCAUCAUCAUCAUCAAAAAACCCUUUAAUUCAUUUUCUUGAAAUACCCUUCAACACUACUGAACAUAAUCUUCCACCAGAUGCUGAAAUCACUGAUUCUUUACCUUAUAAUCUUGCCCUUAAACUUCUUCAAGCUUCCCCUUCACUUGAAUCUAACUUCAGAUUCAUACUUUCUCAUCUUGUUAACCUAAAGAUUGGAUGUUUCAAGAAACCCCCAAAUUGUGUUGUGUCAGAUUUCUUUUUUGGUUGGUCAGCUAAGGUAACUCAUGAAUUUGGUAUUUUUCAUUCUAUUUUUGUUGGUGCUGGUGGUUUUGGAUUAGCUUGCUAUUACUCUAUGUGGAUAAAUUUACCUCAUAAAGAUGUUAAUAAUCUUGAGUUUAUAUUGCCUGAUUUUCAAGAAGCUGGAAAAUUUCAUGUCACACAGUUGUCACCUAGUCUUGCUAUAGCUGAUGGAAAUGAUGAUUACUCAGUUUUUCAGAUGAAAAAUCUUCCACUUUGGGAAAACUCAGAUGGGGUUUUGAUUAAUACUGUUGAGGAGUUUGAUACUAUUGGAUUGAUGUAUUUUAGAAGGAAGUUAUGUAUACCUGUUUGGGCAAUAGGACCAAUACUUCAUCAAGAAAAUGUCAAUCCUAGGAAAGAACCUGGAAUUUCUUUAGUGAAAUGUAAAGAAUGGUUAGAUAACAAGGAUAAAGAUUCGGUUCUUUACGUAUGUUUUGGUUCACAAAACACGAUUUCCGCGUCACAGAUGAUGCAACUAGCAAAAGGAUUAGAUGGGGUUGAAGUAAACUUCAUUUGGGUGAUUAGACCACCUUUAGGAUUUGAUGUAAAUGCUGAUUUCAGACCAGAAGAAUGGUUACCAGAAGGUUUUAUCGAAAGAAAUCAAGAACAAAGAGGACUAGUAGUGGUUGAUUGGGCACCACAAGUUGAAAUCUUGGCUCAUGAAUCAAUAGGUUCAUUUUUGAGUAAUUGUGGUUGGAAUUCAGUUCUUGAAUCAUUGAUUAAUGGUGUUCCAUUGAUUGGAUGGCCAAUGGCAGCUGAUCAAUUUUUUAAUGCUAAGUUUUUGGUUGAAGAAAUUGGUGUUUGUGUUGAAAUGGCUAGAGGGACUACAUUUGAUGUAAGUUAUGUGGAUGUAAUUGAAAAGAUUGAGUUAGUUAUGGGUAGUGAAGGUGAAAAGGGGAAAAGAUUAAGAGGUAAAGCUUGUGAAGUUAAAGAAAUGAUUAAAGAUGCUAAUAGAGAUGAAGAUGAUUACAAAGGAUCUUCUAUUAGAGCUAUGGAUGAGUUUUUUAAUUUGAUGAUGAAAGAAAGGAUUGGCUCACAAUAAUUGACUUUUUUUUUUUGUUAAUAAAAUAAAGAAAGAGAAAUCUAGAAGAAAAGUUCAAGCUCUUUCUUUACUUUUUUUAUUAUAUAUAUAUAAUUUUUUUUGGAUGUUUCAGAGUAUACUUUUGAAAAAAGAAAUGAUCGAUGUUGCGGUGGGAUAGAUAAGGUGUUAACAUCUUUAUUCAGGAGUUUCGAGCUGAACUGUUCUAAUCCUAGAUAUGUGAAGAUCUUAGUAGGGAGUAAUUCUCUCUUAAAUGAGCUUUGAGUGGCAUAGACUCUAAUUAGUCGUGACUUUAAUGUGAAUAUUAAACAAGUGAGCGUUUCCCGAGCCUUUCACGAGCGAAUAUCAGAUGAGAAACCAAAAGAAAAUGUCUAAAUUUGUGGAUAAUGAGAUGACUUGUAAUUGGUUUUAAGAGUGAUGGAAUUGAGCUUGUAACAAUAUAUUGAGUGCAUAUUGAAGUUAUAAGUAUCUGUUCUUA